AUGCUAACAGCUAAGCUAGCUUCGUUAGCCUCAGUGAUCAGUGUCCUCGGUAGAGACGCACCAACUCCAUCCACACUCCGGUGCUGAUAGACCGCUCUGACCUGCCAACAUUGCCCGGCACACGGACGGCCCGCUCCCCGCAGAGACGCAGAGUUCAGGAAGCAGGUGAUCAAAGCUCUGAAGAUGAUUAAGCUCUUUUCCCUGAAGCAGCAGAAGAAAGACGAGGAAUCUGCUGGAGGAAACAGAACCGGAGCCGGGGGGAAGAAAGCCAGCGCGGCCCAGCUCCGGAUACAGAAAGACAUCAAUGAGUUGAACUUGCCAAAGACGUGUGAGAUCAACUUCCCUGAUGACGACGACCUCCUCAACUUCAGACUCAUCAUCUCACCAGACGAGGGUAUUUAUAAAGGAGGAAAGUUUGUCUUCAGCUUUAAGGUAGGACAGGGUUACCCCCACGACCCCCCCAAGGUAAAGUGUGAGACGUUGGUGUAUCACCCCAAUAUCGACCUGGAGGGAAACGUCUGCCUAAACAUCUUAAGAGAGGACUGGAAGCCUGUUCUGACAAUAAACUCCAUCAUCUACGGUCUACAGUAUCUAUUUCUAGAGCCAAACCCUGAGGAUCCGUUGAACAAGGAGGCAGCAGAGGUCCUCCAGACGAACCGGCGGCUCUUUGAGCAGAACGUCCAUCGUUCUCUGCGCGGCGGCUACAUUGGCUCCACCUACUUCGAGAGAUGUCUUAAAUAACUCGGCGUCCCAUGAUCCUCCAUACUCCUUCUCCUCCCCUCUCCCCCCUCCACUCCUCACCUCCUCCUCCCCUGUCUCCUCCUCCUCCCCUCCUCAGUCCUGCUCGUCGGCCGAAGCAGGAGCUGCAGCGACAGGAAGCAGCACGCCAGAAGACGCUUUUCUGUUUUAAAACAAAAGAAGAAGAAGAAACCCCACCCUCUCCUCCUCCCCCCUCUGCCUCUCCUCUCCUCCCCCCUCCUCCCAUGUUUCUCUGUUUUACUUCCAAGACACAGCAUUCAGCCGUUUACACGCCACAGGGGGGCGCCAACAUCACACACCGGACUGGACUCAAAGAUGGCCGACAGCGAAACGCUGCCGAGGAUGAGGAUGAUGAUGAUGAUGGACGGGGGAGGGAGGGGAGGUGUGGGUGGUCAGUGAAUGUUGCUCGGUGAUUCGAUGAACGCCACAGCGCUGAUGAUGAUGAUGAUGCCCACGUCGUUUAUUUUUUUUAUUAUUUUUAAUUCUGCGUGGUGAGGACACCUGACAUCACACAGGUGGUCAGAAGGACACGCCCCCUCAUCCAUCCAUUACACAUCGGUCAGCAGCAGCAAACUCCAAACGCUGUCUCGGACUGUUGCCCCGGCAACCUGACAGUCACUCCAGUGAAGGAGGAGCUUGUCACCCCAGUGUGGGAGGGGCUUGUAACUUAGAGGAAGCAGAUGCGCCUUAAACAUUCUCUGAUAGGAUGGACAGGUCCGUGGUAGCGCCGGCACUGGGUAGGGGCUAGUGGGAGUAGGAGGAACAGAGGACAGUGUGUGUGUGUGGUGGUGGGGGGCUUAUGCGACCCAAUAUGUUCCUUUUAAUGUUCCUCAAAGCCAGAGCUGGAGAAGUAAAACCUGCAGGUGGUCGCUGCUGAUUGGCUGCAGGUGUGACAGGUGGCAGUGAAUAAAUGGAAACACGCCGGAGUACAUCAGUUUGGAGUUUGCUGCUACAUAACACACACACACACACAUUCAAACACAAAUCACACACAGCGUUGAUGGGCAGAGCAUUGUAUCAGGUGGGUGGGGCUGUUGUGGGGUGGGGGGGGUCGUGUGUUUGUUUAAAGGGACGUGGGCGAGGCUAGGGGGUAGGGCAUCAUUUGAUUUUCAUUUGGGGGGAGGUUGUUGUGGGUGGGGCCAGAUGGGGAGGGGCUUAAAAUGUUACGAUUCUAUUGUGUAUAUUGAAACCCCAGCUGUUCACAUUGACUGCAAUAUGAUUUAUGUUAAAUAAAAUAUGAACUCGAA